AUGUUGCUGCUUCAUCUUGCUGCUGGCGCUACGCACGUGGUGGGUGGGGGCUCCCCCCAUAGGCCGACAGAGGGCCUGCAGCAGCAGCAGCAACAGCAGCAACAGCAGCAACAGCAGCAGCAACAACAGCAACAGCAGCAGCAGCAGCAGCAACAGCCUGCAGCAGCAGGUGCUGCGGGCGGCGUCCUCUCUUGGGAGGCAGCUGAUCGCCAGGUGCAGGAGGUUAUGACAGCAGCAGCAAAUGUUGAUGCAGCAGCAGCAGCAGCAGCAACUGCUGACGCAGCAGCAGCAGCAGCAGCAAAUACUGAUGCAGCAGCAGCAGCAGCAACAAAUGCGGAUACAGUAGCAGCAGCAAGCGCAGCUGCUGCUGGAGAUGCUGCUGCAGCUGUUGGGGGGGCUGUUUGUUGA